UUUGGAUUGUUUUCCUAUAGCUUAUUCUAUACGACAGACAAACCAAAUUUCAGUCACAGAUCAUGAUGAACCUAUUAUUCAUUUCUACACUAGCUCUACUUGCCAUCAACGCCUCAGCCGCGUCCGGUAACCAACAGCCUUCCAUGUCUAGUGAUGUUGUAGCUUGCCAGCUUCAAGCCGAGGUUGAUGCAACAUUCUGCGAAGAGGAGUGCGUCUUGGACAACAGUAAACAUUGCGUAUGUAAUGUGCAGCGUCUGAUUUGCCAACGUUCCUGUGAUAAAGAACAAUCAGACCAGGAUGAAUGCGUGGAUAACUGUGACAGAUGCAAUCUGGAGACGUGUUCUGAUUUACGUGAAUACCUUUCGAGUUCUUGCGAAAGAAAUCAACUGUAAUCGGUCUAGGAGCAGCGGAAUAACGGGAGAGGAGUGGCCCUCGGAGGCUAUGGGUGCGUUAUACGGAGGGAUGGAUGCUUUAGGAAGUUGCUGUUAUCCGAGCAGUUGAGAUGUUUGCCCGAAGGAAAACUUGGAAAUUGUUGACAUAAAAUUGGCAAAUGAGAUGAUUGUCUACUAUGCUCUAUAGUGAUUGGCUAGGUGCUUAGGCGUGCGAAAGUCUAGCUGAUCAGACUGCAUUCCGUCGCCCAAUACGGUACAGGGCUAGCAUCAUUCCAUAAUUUCAUCAAAGUGGCAAUCUAAGAAGAAUAGAUAAAAAUAAAC